CGCGGCGCCGCGUGCCACGUCCAGGUCGCGGGUACCAACUUCCUGGUGACACGAGCUGCCGGGGCCGCCUUGUGCUGGAGUAUUGAGCGCUUCGGCAUCCGUCGGACCGCUGCUACAGCUGUGCACUCAGCCAAACCAGUGGGUCACCAUGAACGGGCAGUUGGACCUCAGUGGGAAGCUUAUCAUCAAGGCCCAGCUGGGUGACGACAUCCGGCGCAUCCCCAUCCACAAUGAGGACAUUACCUACGAUGAGCUUGUGCUCAUGAUGCAGCGAGUCUUCCGGGGCAAGCUGCAGAGCUGCGAUGAGGUCACCAUCAAGUACAAGGAUGAAGAUGAUGACCUCAUCACAAUUUUUGACAGCUCUGACCUCUCCUUUGCCAUCCAGUGCAGCAGGAUACUCAAACUGACACUCUUCGUGAAUGGACAGCCACGACCACUGGAGUCCAGCCAGGUGAAGCACCUGCGCUGCGAGCUUAUCGAGCUGAGGAACAAAGUCAACCGUCUGCUGGACAGUCUAGAGCCACCAGCAGAGCCUAGCCUGGCUACCAGCGCGCCAGACAGCGAGGCAGUGGAUGGAGGGGAAGGGAAGGCUGUGGCUCCAGACUCCACGCAGAAGCAGGCCGUCCCAGUCAGUGCUGCCAGUAUGUCUGCUUUUGACCCAUUAAAGAACCAGGAUGAGGUCAGCAAGAAUGUGAUCUCAGCAUUCGGCCUCUCCGAGGACCAGGCCUCAGGUCCCCCUAGUGGUACUGCUGAGGAACGUUCUGGCACCCCUGACAGCAUUGCCUCCUCCUCCUCAGCUGCUCAUCAGCCUGGGGUGCCCCCCCAGCCACAAGGCCACUACACAGGAGUUCAGCAGGCCCCCCCUGCCACCCUGGAUGGUCAGAUGUACCAGCAGUACCAAGCUCCAGGUGGAUACCCCCCACAGCAGCAGUAUGGGGUGCAGUACCCAGCAGGUUACACCCCACAGCAACAGCCGCAGCAGCAGUUUCAGAACUACACCCCUCCAACCACCCAGGCUGCUGCCACAGCACCAGGCUUUGCAGUGCCGCCUCAGCCACAGCAGACCCAACAGCCCCAACCCCAGCCACAGCAGCCCCAGCCUCAAGGCACCCAGCAGUUCCCCCCGGGCACUUUCCCCCCACAAAACUACACUUCCCAGCCCUCCCAGCCCACUAAUUACAACAUGCCCCCAACCUCCCAGCCAGGCCCUGGCUACCAGCCCCGUCCAGCCUACACUCCACCCCCAGGUAGCACAGUGACCCCCCCCCCAGGUACAUCUAACCCUUAUGCUCGCAAUCGUCAACCAUAUAGCCAGGGUUAUGCCCAACCAGGCCCAGGGUACCGGUAAGAAGAAUAAAAAAGGAUCCAUUUCCAGUGACCAACUCUGUUCCUGACCUUGAUACGCAUGGGUCAAGAGGCCACACCCAGUAAAUUCUUCUGUCUGCCCACAAAUACAACUCUACCCUUCUUUUGUCUUUUUUUUUUUAAAUAACAUUUUGUUAGAAGUGGACUGGUUUUUUUGUGUCUUACUUUCUCAUUUCAACAGUUCCAUAUAUGCACAUUCAGGAAAACAAAUACCCUAUUUUAAAGAUAAGCAAUUUUGUUUUAUUACUUUUGCCACAUUGGUGUUAUAUGGACUCAAAUCAUCUUUCUUUUCAAACACUACAUAGAUAGGUAAUAAAGUUGGAAGUUAGAGUAUGUUUAAGGAUAUUGAAUUUUUUAGUUUUUUAGUUUUUAGUUUAGUUAUUUUAUUUCUCUUUCUAAUUUGAUCUUUACUAAUACUGGAAUUCAGUUUCCAUACUGAACUUGUAGUUGUAUACAAACUUAACAUUUUCUUUGAAAGCUAAUAAAGGAAUUAAGACCCA